UCUAUUGUUCUCCAUGUCGUAAAUCUGUCGAGCUGUGACUCUCUCGGUCGGGAGUGGUAUAUAAUAUAAUCAUUGUUACUACUUGCAUCCACUUUAUACGUAAUAAUGAGAAAUUCAUAGUCAUUUGGAAAUUUCUCUUCCGCUCGAUUUUUUUUCUUUCUUCGUUAUUUAGCACAAAAGUUGUUUUCCGCCGUGCCAUUGUGUUUUUUGUUCUCUCGUGAUUGCACACACUACACUUCUCGGCCAAGUUUCAAGUGUAUAUGUAUAAAAAAGGAGUUUUCCAUCUCGUUUACAUCUGCACCGUCACGACCGACUUUAUAUCUCGGCAAUCUCCUCAUUUUUUUACGAUUUGCGAUCACGAUCUCUUCACUUUCUCAGUUGUUUCCCCCCUCCUAGUUGGGCGUGUGUUAUCUAAAGAAUAUACCUAUUCUACCACCACCAGAUGUCUUCCCUCUGCAAAGGCGAUCUUGUUUACUGAUUCGAUUCGCUGAUUUCGAAAAUGGGAAGCACCACGAACUUGUUGCGUGUGUCCUUGAGUAGCGUAGACUUCCCCCAAAAGUUUCUUCUUCUUGUUAGUCUUUUUGGAGACGAUCGUGUAUUUUAUCACGUCAUUUGAUUCCUCUGCAGCUGUUGCGGCUGCAAAGCACGUGCAUCAGCAUUCUACGGCGACAACAACAUGAAGAGGCGCAUGCUUCAAGUGGUUUUCCUCUUGACUCUUGUUGGUUCCAUCCACAAGUCAAAUGGCUACGGCAGAGGUGCACCUGACACUACCUGCUCCUCCAUGAUGCCCAGACACGGUCCUAAUGCUCAGACAUCUCCGUCUCCCUUCACCACCACCCCACUGAAGACUAGUGUCGAACCUGGGGGGCAAAUCACUGUGAGGCUGGCAGCUAUAAAUCCUGCAGACAAUUUCAGGGGAUUCCUCAUUCAUGCCACAAAUCCUGCUUCUCCAUCCAUUGUGGCACUAGGCAGUUUUAUCAAUCCACCUCCAAACACCAAAACUCUCACCUGCUCUCCUGGACUGCAGAAUUCCCUUACUCAUGGAGAUGGCAGAGGAAAGGCCACUUUGGACAUCACCUGGCAGGCCCCAACAGAUUUCCAAGGAGAAGUCCAGUUCAGGGCCACUUUUGUCAAGGAUUACAAUACAUUUUGGACCCAAGUUCCCGCUGUAGCGUUGGUCCGUGUUGGCCGCUCUGGAGGCGUCACACCGGCCUACCAAGCUCCGACAACUUACAGCCGCGAUCAGGCGUCUUACCCUUACGUUCCUCCUUCAACGACGACAUCGGCGACCACGACGACUCGAAUCGUCAGCACCUCUCCCAAUCCCAGCACCACCCAGUGGAGUUUCGCUAAACAGACUCCAGCGCCGAUGGCAUCUGCCCAGCUUCCAUCUGUUUACAUGGGCUGCGGUGACGUGAAGGGAUGUUUUGGCUUGGGAGGCACUUGCGUCCAGGAAGGUUCCUGCUCGGCCAUGGUCACAUACGCCGUCAAGGGCCAGCGCUACGAGUUUGAAUUGUGGGCCACCAAUACCCCGCCCAACUCGUACGUGGCUGUCGCGUUCUCCAACGACAACCUAAUGGGCGACGAUAGCGUGUCUGAAUGCACUUUGGUCAACGGCAGGGUCAACGCCUACAUGUCGUACAACGAGGGCAAAAGCAACACACGACUCCGAGACCCGACUAAUGGACUGAAAUUGAUCGAGGGAAAGUACAGCGACGGUAAUUUGUACUGCCGGUUCGAGCGCCAGGCGCAAUUUGUCAUUGGCGAUAAACAUUUCGACAUGGCCAAAGAUUAUCUCCUGUUUUUGGCCCGUGGCCCGGCUUCAGACAACGGAAUUUCGUACCACGACAGACAAAAAACGGUUUCCUCUAGGGCCGUCCGACUGGCCGAAACGGGUGCAGUUGGCGCCAACAGAGGUACAUUAGUGAAACUUCACGGAGCAUUUAUGGUGGCCGCGUGGAUGUUUGCCGCUUCGUGUGGAAUUUUAUUUGCCAGAUACUUUCGACUCACUUGGGUUGGCAAGCAAUUCAUGGGCAAGGAUCUCUGGUUUGUGUCCCAUCGCAUGUUGAUGGUCAUCACCUGGAUCCUGACGGUCAUCGCCUUCAUUCUCAUCUUUAUCGAACUGGGAGGUUGGACUUCCUUACCAGUGACGACCAACCCUCACGCGGUCAUCGGAGUUGUCACCACCGUGUUGGCCUUUAUUCAGCCGUUUAUGGCCUACUUCCGGCCACAUCCUGGCACUCCUAAACGGUUCAUUUUCAACUGGGCUCAUUGGCUGGUUGGCAAUUCGUCCCACAUUCUCGGCAUCGUCUGCAUCUUUUUGGCCGUCGAUUUGGACAAGGCCGCCAUUCCUUAUUGGGUCAAUUGGCUCCUCGUUUCUUAUGUGGCCGUUCACGCAGCCACUCACCUCGUUUUAUCGUUGGCCCAGUGUUGUUACCAUGCCGAUGGGAGCCGAAAACCAACUGCCGUUUUUGCUAUGCGCGAUCUGGCGCCUCACCAGAGCAACCAGAAUCAUUUUUACUCUACGCAACAGGACAAAAAAGAGGAUGCCCAUGGUUCCACGUUCCGCCGGGUUAUGCUGGCUUUUUAUAUCCUUCUGGUGGCCGGUUUCGCGGCUGCUGUUAUUGCCACAAUAGUCACAGGUCCUUGGGCCAAGCAAUAAACAUCACAACAAAAGUGGAAUUGCGAUAUGUGCGUCUGUUUUUAGGUAAUCAAUCGUUGGGUUAACAUUUCAAGGAAUUUUAUUUUGUAAACUGUCGCGCACAAAACACUGAACUGGACGCAGCCGUCUAUAUAUUUGUAUCGUAUAUUGUAAAGUAAUCUGUGAAAAACGAGUGCGAUCUCCUCUUUUUAAAUGUUUUUUGAAAAAUGGAAAGGAAACAAAAAAAAAAUAACGACAGAAACAACAAAAUGGAACACACACAAUUCUGUACUAUUUUAAUGAGCUACUUGUGUGUCUGUGUAUAAUUUUUAUUGAAUCUUUUAUGUCACGGGAAUUUUGGUCUUUUUAUUAUUUGGAAAUCUCUUAACUUUCACGAACUACCACUUUACUUAUGUAUUUCUGCCUUGAUUAUCUAUUCCCCCUCUUUGUUCCUCGCUAAAUAUGUUCAGUGCUGUAGCUGCAUUUUUUAGAACGUGAAGGUUAAACUAAUUCUGUGACGUAAACAAGCCUUGGGAUUUUGCAACACCUGUUGAAUGUCCCAUUUUUCAUUUAAUUUGGUUUGCAAAAAUUUUCAAAGAGAAAAUGCAAAUAAAUAUACGUUGAUUGGCCACAA